GGUAUCCCAAAUAGAAUUGAGGUAAGUGAAUAGGUACUGGUUGUAUUAAGUGAUUUUAUCUUUGCCUGGAAUGCUCCUAUGUUAGAAGGUUACUUACAGAUCUGCUACUCUUACGAGUGCUGGGUAAUCAUGCACGAAUCAGAGCCGGUACAAUGGUACAUGAAGAGGUGA